GCCACCUCUGAGUAAGGUGGAGGUGUCUUGAUGUGGUUGACACUGACUUCAGUAGCUGAAACUGUGUCCUUCUGUGGUGGCUAGUGACAGUAGCUCAGAUUAUGAGAGUGUGUGUUUGUGAAUCUAACGGUUAGGAUACAGAGAGUUUUUCUAGGAGUAGAGGGCAGGUGCGUUCACGUGUUUGUGCCUGCUUACAGAGGGGUCAGGAGUGUGUAUCUGCAGAGUAAGGGGGGCAGGUGUGUGUGUGGAGUGUUGUGUAUGUGUAGGGAGAUGUUUUAGGGUAGUAUGCCAUGUGUACCAGUGCUCUCUUCGCUUGGCUCUUGUCUAUACUGGUGCUCUGCUCCGAAGCCAGGAAAGACCAUCCAAAGAAGACCAAAGAAAUAAGAAUACCAUUAGAUCAUCAAAAGUCCAUUAGAGAAGCUAUAAACCCAGACAAAAUUUGUUUGGACCUAUCUGACAGCUCUGAUGUUGUCUUUGUGUCGUGGAGGAACCCUAACCGUGAUGUAGGAGAACACUGCUAUGAGAGCACACUACAAUACAGGAACCACUGUGACACGGCCUGGCAGGAUGUUGUACUGAAGGAGUUCUCCUACCAGGUGGACAAGCCAGACAGGAAGAGGAGAUAUUACUUCAGGAUACGGAUGAGAUACGACUGUCUGUUUGGUGACCUGAAGACUUGGAGUGGAUGGACACCAACGAGAUACUGGAGAAAUGAGACCGAGACAGGUCCUUGUGCCACAGAGAUAAAUGCCAUUGUUUAUGUUGUGACCAUUUUACCUUUGUUGAUCUGUUUCCUGCUGAUAGUCACUUUCUCACAGAAAAGGCAAGUGGUCAAGUCUAUUCUAUUCUGCAAUGAUAUGCUAACGAUUUAAGAGCAAUUUGGAAUUGUGUAGAUCCUGAGUAGGUCAUACAUACAUAUAAUCAUAAUGCAAUAAUUGUUGGCCAACAGGGUCAGAAGACUCUUCCUACCUCACAUCCCAGACCCCAAACACACCUGUGAAACUCUCUUCAGUAUGGACCAGUUUCAGUGGCAUAGUACUUUCACAGAGUCCAGUGUGGAAUGUGAGACAGUUGACAUAGAAAUUGUCAGCACAGAAGAGGAAGAAGAAGCAGAGAGGGAAGAUGGACAAGCUGAAGAAGAAUCCCCUCAUAUUGACCCGGUUGCUCAUCUAACAGACCUAGGCCUCCAGAGCUACCCUGACUUGGAGGUCAAUGGAACGUACGUGUUCUGGUGAGGGACGGACCAAGAUCUUUAUUUUGUUUUGAAUUAAAUUAACAUUACUGAAGUUGUGUUGAUGAGGUGCUUGUGACGAUGAUGGUCUUGGACCAAUGAUGUACUGUCUAUGACUGUAUGUGACAUGACUGAACCAAAGGACUUGACAUUUUGCACACUGUUGUCUUUUUUGCACACUUGUAUAGAUUAUUUGAAAUCUUAUUUUCUGAUAAAUAAAACAACAGUAGUACAAUAAAUAAUAAUAAGGACAAUUUACAUUAUAUACUGAACAAUAUUAUAAGAGCUUGCAACAAUUUACAAAGAUUUUACUGAGUUACAGUUCAUAUAAGGAAAUCAGUCAAUUUAAAUUAAUUAAUUAGGCCCUAAUCUAUGCAUUUCACAUGACUGGGAAUACAGAUAUGCAUCUGUUGGUCACAUAUA